GCUCAACACUCCUCUUUAACUGUCAAGAAUGUGGAAGAGGAUAUCAUUUGCUGCAGCUACCACACCUUUUUGGAGAAGAGCCCAUAUCAUUCAAUAUAUGAAUAUAAAGUUGCUUCCGUUCAUCCUUCGUCAGACUGUUUUGGUCUGGCUUGUGUCGAGCGAAGUGAGCUGCUGCAUUGCUCUGCCAAACUGGCUCCUCAAAAUUGAUGACCUUUCGAAUAUGUGCAGUGCGUGGUCAAAUUUAUGCUGGUUGAUAUAGACCAAGCCAAGAUUAAUGAAGACGUCUGCUAAUAACUCGGCCUCAGGCACGACUGACCAGCAUGACGGAAUAGUCGACCGAGAGCUUCAAGCUCGGUGAGAUUGGCAUAUGUUCCCGCCUCCCCUGUUUUAUAUAACUCCAACACCGAGUAGCGUGCGGCUCCAGUCGUCGUAUCGUCUUCCAAAAACCAUCCUCAUACGAUCGUGGAAACUGUGCGGCUACCAGCAAUAUUGCACAUUGUAUGUACUCCUACUCAUUAGUGUUCGUUCUUUGUCGGGCUACGGCUUGAAUUGCUGGAUAGAUCUCCCAAAGUUGGUUUCCGUGGGCAGAAGCUUCUAAAUACUUUCUGCUCUUUUGAAAGAUUGCGGAGCCAAGCUGGAUAUGUUUCUUCUACUGCGCUAAAGCAAAGCUCGUACCAUAGUUCCUGAUAGUUGAGGUAGCUGAACAGAAAUAAUACCUUUGCAGCUACAGGAUCUGUGUGCUCAAGCUCCCAAGGGCCUUGCUCUAUGGGAA